AUGGAAUUCAUGUGGCUCUACUCCCUGUGCCAGUGCAUCAUAUCGGUAUCCGCAAUAGUGGUCAGUGUGAGGUUGUGCAUGGCGCUCAGCGGUAGCGGUGCCACGGCCGAUGCCCAACAGGGAACCCAGGGUGCCGGGCCUCAACCCGGGAGCGUCUCGAGCUGUCUUCGACUGUGCCUGGGCUGGGUGGGGGCUGUAGGGGGCGCAAUGGAAGUACCUGCUACCGUCCUGCUCAACCUGCGAACCCCCCAGUGUCUGUACACCUGCAUCACCAUGGUGUGUUUCCCCCUGCUGGUCAGGCAGUUCACCAUGUUUCUGCUAAUGCUGCUCACGCUGGACACCCACCUGCAGCGUCACUUGGCAGACAGGUACUCCAAGGUGGUGACCCGUCGGCGAGCUUUGUGUGUGGUCCUGCUGUGCUGGGUGGGCUCUGUUCUGUCUUCCUUCGCCCAGUUCAUCGGCUCGGACAUCUUCGACACCCGGAGAAGGGUCGGCACUGGUGCGGACACAACUGGCCUCGAGCUGGAUGGCAACUGGACGAACUCUUUACCCAAUCUCACCACUUCCCCGCCCCCUAAGUACAACCACCACCGCAAGAUCAUCGGGAAGUACCUUCCAUACGGGGGCUUCCUGUCCAAGUUUUAUGUGGAGGACAUGAGCAACUUCACCUACGCUGAGAUUCACAGCAGCCACUGGGGAGUGUGUGCUCCCGACACUGUUCUCAGUCCUCAAUUCCUGGUCUAUGUUCAUGGGAUGAUGGUGUUCAUGCUGCCCGUGCUGUGCCUGCUGGUCAUUUACCUUGAUCUGCUGUGCAUGAGGCCCAGUAAGAACCCUUUUAGUCAUACAGACCCUCCAAAGUAUGACUCCCGCCAGGUCCGCUCCCUGGCUCUGUCUCUUUCCCUUUUAGUUCUACUGUGCCUGCCCAUCCACAUUAUCCAUGCCCUCUUGCUUUACACCCCCAGCAUCAAUCUUCCUGCCUGGGCUCAUGCAGUUGCCCUCUUCCUCUUCCAGCUGUACGACCUCGUGCCCCAGAUCCUCUUCACUCCUCCGAGGAGACAAGCCGCGGAGGAACGAGCCACCUUCCCUCUCUCUGUUCCCACUGCAGGUGGAAGGCUACCUGCAGUGGCUCAGUCCAGACGCAAAUCUGUCCGCUUGGCCCUGUGCGAAGCGGUGCAGGCCGGUCCGUGGUUUUCAGCCAAACUCUCCCUGAAAGCCAAAGUGUGCCCAGAGGUCUGAGAUCUUGACCCAGUGGAAGAUGUGGGAGGAUAAAAGCAGCUAAAUAACCUUCUUAUCGCAAUGUUUCCUCUGUGAUUUGGUUGUAUAGGUGCUCAGAUGAAAUGACUUGUGGACCGAGGAAGAAUAAAUACAGCAUAUUCGUGUUUGUUGUUGGCUUUUUAACUGAUCAGCGAGCUCACGCACAAACAUUAUGUAUAACUCGCAAAUGAAAAGGCCAGUUAAUUAUCGGGUCCCGCACAAAAUGUCAGUGAGAAAAUUAAGUCUCCCGAUGACGACUGCUAUCCUGAUCACAGAUGUCUGUUUCCUUUGACUGCUCUUCCUGUGGGUCUCAUUCUAAGCCUAUUUUAAGACUCCGCUAAGCCAACCACCAGUAAUGUAGAUAUGUAAGUGACAGCGUUUAAUUAAACAUUCGGUAAUAACACGGUGGUCCAGGGAGGACG